GGAAGAGACGUCAGACGCAGCCGGAAGUGAACCUUCGUAGACGUCUGAGUGUGUUGAGCUGUUGUGCUGUUCAAUCCUCGUUUUAAAAAUGCCGGAGUUAGCGGUGGAAAAUGUGGUUGUUCACCCGCUUGUGUUGCUCAGCGUGGUCGAUCAUUUUAACAGGAUAGGAAAAGUUGGAAAUCAGAAACGUGUGGUUGGUGUCCUUUUGGGAUCAUGGCACAAAAAGGUUCUUGACGUGUCAAAUAGCUUUGCAGUGCCGUUUGAUGAAGACGACAGGGACGACUCGGUGUGGUUUCUGGAUCACGACUACUUGGAGAACAUGUAUGGCAUGUUCAAGAAAGUUAAUGCCAGAGAAAGAAUAGUUGGAUGGUACCACACAGGACCCAAACUACAUAAGAAUGACAUAGCAAUCAAUGAACUCAUCAAGCGGUACUGUACCAACUCGGUGUUAGUUAUCAUAGAUGUGAAGCCUAAAGAUCUCGGCCUGCCCACAGAAGCAUACAUCUCCGUGGAAGAAAUACACGAUGAUGGCACUCCAACAUCCAAGACGUUUGAACACGUCACCAGUGAGAUUGGAGCUGAAGAAGCAGAGGAAGUGGGAGUAGAGCACCUGCUAAGAGAUAUUAAGGAUACCACAGUUGGUACUCUCUCGCAACGCAUCACAAACCAGGUUCAUGGUCUGAAGGGGCUCAACUCGAAGCUGCUGGACAUUCGUUCUUACCUGGAGAGAGUGGCGGCAGGCAAACUUCCCAUCAACCACCAGAUCAUCUACCAGCUGCAGGAUGUCUUCAACCUGCUACCAGACGUCAACCUACUG